CAGUAGUCUGUGUUAAAAGGCUACGUAACUGCCAGAAAGUGUGUGUGGGGGCAGCUGCAGGGAAGGACGGGCUUUACCGAAAGCGGAAUCCUGCUGGCUAUGCUCUGAUCUAUGAGCUUGGAAUUCCCAUCAAGUAUCGAUUCGGUACAGAUGAAUAGAUCAGGUUUCAUACGUGCCACGGACUUCGUUCUUUGCUCGACGUUUUGCGGGGUGAUAGACGUUCAAGCUAGAACUAAAUGUCAAACGGAGGAUUGAACGUCUGUCCCCCAGAAGUCCCAGCAACGUUUAGCCGCGUCUGCCAUCGCUGGGGUGCUUAAAGAUAGCCUCAGAGCUAAGAAUAUGAAGGAUUAUGCUGUUUCACAGUGCCAUAUGUGGCCACUGCUUUGUUAAGACAACUGCUGAAGAUAAAGGCCAAGCUGGUGGAUUAGAUCCUGAUCCAGACAGGUGUGCUGACAGAACUGUAUGUGAGGGAAAAGUUGGUGUCUUGGCAAAGCAGUAUUUAGAGCGAGGCCUUUUGGUACCGGAUCAUGUCAUCACCAGUGUCAUGAUGAUGGAGCUGGAGAAAAAGCAGUCUCAGCAUUGGCUGCUUGACGGUUUUCCUAGGACACUGGUGCAAGCUGAAGCACUUGACAGACUCUGUGAACUGGAUCUAGUGAUCAAUUUAAAUAUUCCAUUCGAGACGCUAAAAGAUCGUCUAAGCGCUCGUUGGAUUCAUCCAGCUAGUGGAAGAGUGUAUAAUAUGGAGUUCAACCCACCUCAUGUACAUGGGAUCGAUGACAUCACGGGUGAACCAUUAAUCCAACGGGAAGAUGAUAAACCUGAUGCUGUUGCUGCUAGGCUAAGAAAAUACAAAGAUGCUGCAAAGCCAGUAAUAGAAUUAUAUAAGAGCAGAGGAGUCCUACACUCAUUUUCUGGGACAGAGACCAACAAAAUCUGGCCUUAUGUUUACACUCUGGUUUCCAGCAAGAUCCGGCCUGUCAGUUCCAAAGAAGCUGAUUAACCAUCUUAUGUAGAGGAUCAAGAAUUUAAUAUGGUUGUUCAUUUUGUUUCUCUGUGCCGUAUUGGUGCUGUGCCCAGUUAGAGGAUAGUACAAAGUCUAGAACAACUUCUUGGGUUUACUGGAGUUUACGGUUCUGGAAAUGCAGUUACAGCCAGCGUUAGGGUGGAAAAGAACUUUCUGUUAAAGGUGAAGUCUGCUGGAAUAAACUUUAGUUUUCAUGCUAUAAAGUAUUGCUGAUGUGAUCUGGGAACCCUAAUCAAUGAUGCAGAUUUAGAUAUACUCUUUGUCAAAAGCAACAAAGAAUCCCAUGGCACCUUGUAAACUAACAGACCUAUUGGAGCAUAAGUUUUU